GCAGAAAGUCAACAAUAAAACGACGUUCGUACAGGAGAAUGCAUGAAGUCUUCUCACAGUGGAUCCAAUCAUCUUUAAGGAUAACAUUCGAAUCUCUUUCUUUCUAAACUUCGAUGCAAUGUGGCCAUAUUCAAAUUUUAAAAAAAAAGUUCUCGACAUAAAAAAGCGAAUCAAAGAAAAAGCAUGGAUUCUUAUUCUGCAAUUUGCUUUUCGUUCUUUUUUAAUACAUAGGCUAUCUGCGCACUCAUGCUCGUUUAUUCACAUCCUGUAACCGUUGCGGUUGCAUCCAUUUUUGCUCAACCUUAUGUACCUAUGUCAUUUGCUGCGAGUUUUCUCCUCUUAACCGCGUAUUUUGCCUUGGUCGUUAAAAGUGGAAUGGCGGAAUCCGAGAAACAAGUCAGCUGGCUUCUCACAUUGGCAAGCAGUUUGGUGUGCACCUUGAUGGGCCUGCCAAACUUUUAUUACUUUUGGAGAUCAGGAUGGGACCUUUUGUUGUUUGACCAUGACUCAGUGGCUCAAACCGCCUUGGUAUGCUUCUUUAUCGUGUAUCUCGUUCUGGAUCUGUCGCUCGGUUCCGUCUUUUACCGCCGACGCAUCACCAUUCUCACCGGCUGGGUCCACCAUACCGCUUACAUCGUUAUAUUGCUAUGGUUCCUCCAUCGAAGGAUUUCAUCUUUUUUCGCAAUGGCAUCUAUCCUGGAAUUACCCACCUUGAUUCUCGCUAUUGGAUCUCUCAAGAAAAAAUGGCGUUCCGAUCUUUUAUUCGCAGCGUCCUUUUUCUUGCUACGACUAGUUUUACACAUAUGCAUGAUAUUCAUGCUUCGACGUUACCGUCGCGUAGAUACCCUCUGGAUGAUUGCUGUCGCCGUACUUCCUCUUCACUUGUUUUGGUUUUAUUGCAUCGUCAACCUUCACGCUAGGAAGCUUCGAUUCACAAAAGACCGAUGCAUCACAACUUGUAAUGAAUCUAGAAACAGAUUUCCUGUCUUAGCUGCUUGAAUGCAGCAAGAAAUCAGGCUCUCCCCCCAAAUCUUCUUAUUUUAAUGUAGCAAGAAAUAAAAUUCUUUUCAUGUAUUCUAUUUGCAAUUCAUUCUUCCCAUGCUAAACUGCUUCCCUUUUUGCUUUGGUUAUCUCGGAUGGGAAUUCAACCCACAUGUGCGCCCAAAAAUGACGCCGAUUGAAACAGUAUGCGCACACGAAUGGACCCUGUUUCUUUGUUUAUCUCGGUCCAUAGUGCACUCGGUUCUGAUGACCCAGUUCCAUUAAAUUUAAUUUUCC